AUGCAACCUUUAGAUACUCUAUAUUUAGAGUCGACAUCCAAUCCAUAUCUAGAACAUUUUUCCACCCUAAUUGAUCUUGCAGUAAUGGAAUUGCCAGGGCAACUAAAUUAUUUCGAACCAAGUUAUGAUUCUGAGAGACUAUUUAAGAGUGUUGGGGCAUUGGUGUAUGUUAUUGACUCACAAGAUGAAUAUAUGAAUGCUAUUACAAACUUGGCAAUGAUUAUGGAAUACGCAUAUAAGGUUAAUCCUGCAAUUAACGUCGAAGUUCUUAUUCAUAAAGUGGAUGGUCUAAGUGAGGACUUCAAAGCCGAUGCUCAACGUGAAAUAAUGCAGCGUACAGGGGAAGAACUGCUUGAGUUGGGAUUGGAUGGGGUUCAAGUAUCCUUUUACCUAACUUCCAUUUUCGAUCAUUCCAUUUACGAAGCGUUCUCUAGGAUAAUUCAAAAACUAAUACCGGAAAUAUCUUAUCUAGAAAACAUGCUUGAUAAUUUGAUUCAACAUUCGAAAAUUGAUAAGGCAUUUUUAUUUGACAUAAACUCCAAGAUAUAUGUAUCUACUGAUUCAAAUCCCGUUGAUAUCCAGACUUAUGAAGUAUGUGCUGAAUUUGUGGAUGUAACAAUUGAUCUUUUUGACUUAUAUAAAACGGCAGGUGCCAGAAAUAAUUCCAAGGCGAUUAAAAACAAAGAAACAACCCCAGAAUUAAAGAAUGUUGCUCAGUUAGGGAACGAUCUUAUAAUAUAUUUGAGACAAAUGAUACGAGGCCUCGCUCUUGUUGCAGUGAUUAGACCUAAUGGAACGGAUAUGGAAAGUUGUUUAACCGUUGCUGACUAUAAUGUUGAUAUAUUUAAGAAGGGAUUAGAACAGAUUUGGAAGUCUUCUAGAGUAACGCCUCAAGAGGAGUCAAUAAAUUCAUAA